AUGGCCGACCCUUCAUCCUCCUCCUCUGCGGCACCGGCGACGACCGACACGUCGACGCCCAACUUGCUGCCGGGCGGCUUCCACGCCUUUGCGCCCCAGUCCGACUUUCUCGACAACUCGAGCACCAACUCGAUCCGCCCGCUCACCGACGCCAUCAUCACCGUGCGCAUCAUCAAGAGCUUCGAGUUCAGAAGCAUGAAGGCCUACGUCGUAAAGGGCAUCGACCUCACAACCACCAGCGUCGCCGACCUCGAACAGCGCUGUGUCAAUGAGGUCCGGACGAACCCCGCGUUCAAGGCGUUCCGCAGCUACGCGCCCAAGCUCGACACCCUCAAGCUCUACACGCGCGCCCACGGCAGCAAGACGACCAACCUCAUCAUCAACCUCGACCACCCGGAGUGGCUCCUCACCGACGACAACGUCGCCGCCAUGGUGCCCGGCAAGUCGCGCGCCACGGCCACCCUCGCCGAGCUCGGCAUCGAAAACGAGCACGAGCUCAGCCUCUUUAACCGCGACGAAUACGAACGCUUCCUCGCCAACCCCGAGGUGCGGUGGGACAGCACCGGCUGA